AUGUUGGGAUCACGAUUACAGCUUGCGGUGUCUGCGUUGAUGAUGGGGAAAUCGGUGAUGGCAGCGGUGCACGUCGUGACUGUGGGGAAGGGUGAUCAUGAUUUCAGUCCGAAAAUCGUCACUGCUGAUCCUGGAGACAUCAUCUCAUUUCAAUUCUUCCCUGCGAACCAUUCGGUCGUGAGGAUGGAUCCAGACUAUCCUUGUAUUCCAUGGGAGACUUAUAAUAUCGGGAAGGGCAAUGGAUGGUGGUCACAUUUCUAUCCUAUUGAUACUCCAUCAGCUAAUCCCCCAACAUGGAACAUCACCGUCAACGACACCCUGCCAUUCUACUACUACUGCUCCCAGAUCGGCAGCUGCAUCACCUACGAAAUGGUCGGUGCCGUCAACCCCCCAAACUCAACCUACGUCGCACAGGUGGCCGCCCGCGCCGGUCAAGCCGACUUCGCACUGUCUCCCGGCGAACCUAUCCCCAGCGACAGCACCGCUACCCCGACCCCCGACAGUAGCGCGGCUCACAACUCAUCAGGCGUCUCCCUCUCCGUCGGCGCCAUCGCCGGUAUCGCAAUUGGAGGUGUGUGUGCAUUGGCUCUGAUUGGACUCUUGUUCUUCUUUGUGGGCCGCAAGAAGAAGGGUGCGGAGAUGAAGGAGAACAAGACGACGACGCCGGAGGACGGGCUCAUGGGUACCGAACACCCGCCGGUCUACCAGGACCCCAGAUACUCUGUACUCCCGGCUGGCGCGGCGGCGAAUCCGUGGGAUAAUAAGCCGGUGGAUCCGAGGUUGAGUGGGGUGCCGAUGAGUGAGAACUCGCACAGGAUCUCGGAGUUGCCGGAUAGUUCGACGUAUGAUCCCGUAGAGAUCUAUACGCCAGGCCCAGAGGAUAUGCCCCCUCAUAGGCGGUAG